AACUGCCGCUAACCGCUUGAAGGUGCUGCUCAGCCCGUUUGUUGAUCGCUCCCUGUGGCUUAUUAACAGCGGACUUUUACCGCAGCCGGGCUCGUUCCUCGGGGGGGAUCUCACUUGUCGUCGCCGGGGAGAGACGGGCCGCUUUCUGACAGCGUCGCCGGCCGCACAGCGAGCAUGUCCUGGGCUCGUAUUCGGCGUCGGAGUUGAACUGAGAGGCUUUUCAGAUGUAGCUUGUUAGCUAGCUGCGUCGUACAGUGUACACAGGCUGCUUUUUGUUCUCCCCGUGGACAGCCUCUGCAUGGCAAAUUAUCGCCACUGUUGACGACGGACAGGGCGCAGAAAAACUCUAUUUUUUUGGCUGAGAAACGUGCCAGGAAUAAUACCCCGGUUGUCAACCUCCAGCCCCCGGGGCUAACCCCCGGUCACCGACGAAUUAAUGGCCGGAAAUCCGAGGAGGGGCGCCGGUCUCAUCGGCUUGAUGAAGGACGCCUUUCAGCCGCACCAGCAGCCGCUGCAGCCGCACCAACCUGCAGUGGUCGAUAAGAAAAUGGUGGAGAAAUGCUGGAAACUCAUGGACAAGGUGGUGCGUUUGUGCCAGAAUCCCAAGGUGGCGCUGAAGAACAGUCCACCCUACAUCCUGGACCUGCUGCCGGACACCUACCAGCACCUACGCACCAUUUUAUCCAGAUACGAGGGCAAGAUGGAGAUACUGGGGGAAAACGAGUAUUUCCGGGUGGUCAUCGAGAACCUGACCAACAAGACGAAGCAGACCAUGAGCCUUUUUAAGGAGGCCAAGGAGAGGAUGUAUGAGGAGAAUUCCCAGCCCAGGCGAAACCUCACCAAGCUGUCCUUGAUCUUCAGUCACAUGCUAGCCGAGCUAAAAGCCAUCUUCCCCAACGGCCUGUUUCAGGGCGACAACUUCAGGAUCACCAAAGCCGACGCAGCUGAGUUUUGGAGACGGUCGUUUGGGGACAAGACCAUCGUGCCAUGGAGGACGUUCCGUCAGGCUCUCCACGAGUUUCACCCCAUCAGCUCAGGUUUGGAGGCCAUGGCCCUCAAAUCCACCAUCGACCUCACCUGCAACGACUACAUCUCUGUGUUUGAGUUUGACAUCUUCACAAGGCUCUUCCAGCCUUGGUCGUCUCUUUUGAGGAACUGGAACAGUCUGGCGGUCACACAUCCUGGUUACAUGGCCUUCCUCACCUACGACGAGGUCAAAGCUCGGCUGCACAGGUUCAUCCACAAACCUGGCAGCUACAUCUUCAGACUGAGCUGCACUCGGCUGGGCCAGUGGGCGAUCGGCUACGUGACGGCAGACGGGAACAUCCUGCAGACCAUCCCCCAUAACAAACCACUCUUUCAGGCCCUCAUUGACGGAUACAGAGAGGGAUUCUACCUUUUCCCAGACGGCCGUGCACAGAAUCCAGACCUCACAGGGUUGUGUGAACCGUCUCCACAGGACCACAUCAAAGUUACUCAGGAGCAGUACGAGCUGUACUGUGAAAUGGGCUCUACAUUUCAGCUUUGUAAGAUCUGUGCAGAGAACGACAAGGAUGUGAAGAUCGAGCCCUGCAGACACCUGAUGUGUACUUCCUGUCUGACCGCCUGGCAGGAGUCGGAGGGUCAAGGAUGCCCAUUUUGCCGAUGUGAGAUUAAAGGCACAGAGCCGAUCGUCGUGGACCCCUUCCACCCGAAGGCCAGCGGGGCUUCCUUCGCUGGUUUCCAGGGGUCCAGCAGAGCAGAAGCUGCUGGCAAUGAGGAGGAAGAAGAUGAUCGGCUGGAAGACCAGCACCUUGUCAUGAGCAGGCUGGCCUGCACCAAGGUGGAACGCCCACCUUCUCCAGUGUCUCAGCUGCCUCCGGUGCCUCCUCGACUGGACCUCCUGCAGCAGAGAUCCUCCAGCUCCCAUAAUGCACUGGGGCAGGGGGCAACGGCCAAGAUGGCAGCCACGCACCGAGACAAGCCUCUACCUCUGCCUCCAGCCCUGAGAGAGCUUCCCCCUCCUCCCCCUCCGGAGCGCCCCUCCCUGGUCGUUCAGGACUCCAGACUUCAGAGGAGACCCCUGCCCUCCACCCCUGACCAGCCUGCCUGGGCAGCCAACUACAUGAUCCCACGACCUGCAACCAAGGCUCCAUCGGCGCUGUCCUCCACCCCUCAGAGCAACGGGACCGGUGGAGAAGGAAGCAAACCCCAGGCUGCUACCAACGCUGUGUACUGUCUGGCAGCAAGGUCUCUGCCGGCAGCGGCGUCGAGCGGAGAGAGGCCGUCGUCUGACUGUGAGGAGAACGAGUACAUGAGUCCCACCUCCCUGCCGGCCUCUGGGGCUCCCUGGGUCAUAACGGGCUCCUUGGUGCCACCAGCACCGACCCAGACCAACCACCACAACGACAUCAGCAGUGAGGUCGGCGACAGCGACUCUGAGGACCCCCAAGUCUACGAGUCCAUGUGUAACAUCCAGAACCAGGCUGGUUCCUCUGAGACAACGCAGGCCUCUGAUCUGGAUCACCCUCAGCAUCAGGUCCAGGAGGAGACGAGUGUGGAGGACAUCUACGAGUACAACACUCCCCGGCCGGUCGUCCCUCCAGCCCCCACCAGAAGAGCUCUGUCAGACAUCAGCGGUCCUUCUGCAGCCUUCAGCACUCUCAGCAUGGACGGUGCAGUAGAAGCCAGUAUGUUUGCGGCAGGCGCCGACCCUGAACGCCCCCCCAAACCUCUCCCCCGUCGAGCCAACUCCGACCGACGACCUCGACCGCUGAACCGUGAAUUUCCUCCCCCGUUGCCAGAACUCCCCGGUCCCUCCUCGGCCUCCUCUUCCUCCCCUGCUCCUCCUCUUCCUCCUCCUCCUCCUGCUGCUGCUGCUGCUGGCGGCCCUGGAAGUCUGGCUCUGAACGGGGAGAUCGAAUGCCUGAUGUCGCAGGGCUACUCCAUCCAGGACAUCCAGAAAGCCCUGAUGAUCGCCCAGAACAACCUGGAGACGGCCAAGAACAUCCUGCGCGAGUUCGUCUCCAUCCCCUCCACGGCUCACAUCGCCACAUAGUCCAGUCCGGUUUGCUUCACCCUCCGCCUCAUCCCCCCGUCUCCACUCUGUGCCAUUACCGUGGAUAGCAUUUACCGAGCACUUUCCUGCAGGGCCGUGAGUGCUUGUCCAGAGGCUUUAACGUGAGGCUGCGUUCACGUCAUAUUGGAAAGUCGGUUGCAGUCAACGGUUGUUACGUCUCAACAUGAAGAUUGAGGGUUUCAGCCCAACUAGCGAGAGCACGGGGUCCAUCAGGGCGUUAGUUGAAACUUUAUGACCGAUAUGACCUGAACGCAGCAUCCACGGAGAACCGAAGCCCUCACCUCGGUCCGAGUACCUCCUCUCCUUAAGCUAAGUGUUGAAGCUACACCGACUUUGUUCCCGUGCGGAUCGUCGCCUCUCGACUCCCCCCGCUGCUGGCAGCCGUUCAGUUUGGUGCUUUACGGGCUUCUUUCGCAAAAUCGUGGCGUACGAAAUAUGUAGCGGUUCGGUUUCGGGAAAACUUAGCGAUUUAGCUCCGUGGCGUGUACAUAUGUGUGUGUGUUCAUGCUGAUGAAUGUUGAGUUGCAGUGCAGUAUCGCAGGGCUUCGUGUUGUCGUCGCCGCCGUGGCUCACUCCGUUUCGAUGGUAUUCGACAAGUUGAACAUUAUGUCAGCUCCCGGUUCGACGAAAUAACAAGUUUAAUGUUCCAGUGCUCUCAUAACGUGUCGUGCUGUGUGUAGUACUAACAACGGCUCAACUUGAGGUCGUCUAACUCCGUGAUUUCAUGCCGCCGUGUGAGGUGGUCCGACACUGAAGGCUGGUUAUUUAGUCGAGAUGCUUCUGCAGAACCGAACGAGCGUGAGCUGCUAGUUUUAUUCACAGGAUUUAUCUCCGCAUCCCUGGGCUCACCGAUAAUCGAUGGAAGGGAUUUACAAUCUUUAAGAGAGGGUUAUGAAUGAACAGAUGCUAAAGGACACUCUGAGAUGACGAUAUCUCGAGUUCUCCCUCAGUUUUAGCAGAAACAUUCCAGUGAUGGGAUUAUUUUUUUAAGUUGCCUGCAUUAGAUUAACAUGAUGCGUCCCAGAACUCAAGUCGCCUCUUUUUAAUUCAAACUCUGGAUUUAUCCACCGUGGUUCCAACAAUCCACCAGUCCUGGAUGAACGUUUCAUCACUCAGCAGUUUGUAAAACUCAUUAUGGGAUGGAUGCUGGAAAACCAAUUCACCAGCUGGUCCUCAACCUUCUGAGCAACUUUUGAGAUAUUAGAGAAACGAAGCAGUGGAAUGCAUGUUUCUAGUUCAACACAAUCAAGAGUGAUGGUAAAACUAGCACAUGCUAACUAGCUAAAUAUGCUAACUAAAUAUCAAAAAUCUUUCUCCAGAAUCACAAACUUUUUUUAUACGCGUAUAAUUUUGAAAUCGUCAAUUCUUUCAGGUCCUCUGAUGAUGGACCGUCGUAAUGUUCCCUUGUAGCACCGUAAUCUGCUCAAAAUUCCCAUUAAACAUCAGCAUUGUCAAUGUGAGACUCUUAUUCGGGUUGCUCAGGAAAUUGUGGACUAUCUGGUGGGUUCGACUUUCCAGUAAAUAAUUUUUAUGAACUGCUGGUUUCAGAUCCGCAACACUCCAACGAAAUCGACAUGUAGAAAUGAGUCGACUAAACGGUCCGCUAAAGUUGUCGAUUACGCAAAAGUCGUCGAUCCCGCUAAAGUUGUGGAUCCCGCUAAAGUUGUGGAUCCCGCUAAAGUUGUGGAUCACGCUAAAUUUGUGGAUCACGCUAAAUUUGUGGAUUCCGCUAAAUUUGUGGAAUCCGCUAAAGUUGUGGAUUCUGCUAAUGUCGGCGAUUUCGAUAAAGUUGUGGAUCCCGCUAAAGUUGUGGAUCCCGCUAAAGUUGUGGAUCACGCUAAAUUUGUGGAUCACGCUAAAGUUGUGGAUUCUGCUAAUGUCGGCGAUUUCGAUAAAGUUGUGGAUCCCGCUAUAGUUGGUGAUUUCGCUAAUGUUGUGGAUCCCGCUAAAGUUAUGGAUUCUGCUAAAGUUGUGGAUUCCGCUAAAUUUGUGGAUUCCGCUAAAUUUGUGGGUUCCGCUAAAGUUGUGGAUUCUGCUGAAGUCGGCGAUUUCGAUAAAGUUGUGGAUCCCGCUAAAGUUGGUGAUUUCGCUAAUGUUGUGGAUCCCGCUAAAGUUAUGGAUUCCGCUAAAUUUGUGGGUUCCGCUAAAGUUGUGGAUUCUGCUAAUGUCGGCGAUUUCGAUAAAAAUGUGGAUCCCGCUAAAGUUGGUGAUUUCGCUAAUGUUGUGGAUCCCACUAAAGUUAUGGAUUCCGCUAAAUUUGUGGAUUCCGCUAAAUUUGUGGGUUCCGCUAAAGUUGUGGAUUCUGCUAAAAUCAGCGAUUUCAAUAAAGUUGUGGAUCCCGCUAAAGUUGGUGAUUUCGCUAAUGUUGUGGAUCCCGCUAAAGUUGGUGAUUUCAAUAAUGUUGUGGAUCCUGCUAAAGUUACGGAUUUCGCUAGUCUUCAAUUUCGCUAAGGUUGUGGAUUCCGCUUAAGUUGUGGAAUUUGCUCAGGUUCUGAUUUCUUCUUUCCAGUGGACCAAAAGUGAGCAGCUUUCACUCGCAGGCACCUUUGUCUAGACAAGGCUGCAAAACAAGAUGUUCAUGGGAGCUUUUAGAGCGAAGUUUUAAAGGCGUCAGAGCAGCCAAACGAUCUGAUUUCAGCGCUCGAGAUGCUCCAUUCGGUUUCAUAUUAACCAGCCGGAGACGAGUGGACGUCCCGGUUAACGUCCUGUUUAACGCUGAGUACUUUUUCUCCUUUUUCUGAACUAAAUGUUUAACUUUCUGCAUUAACAUGUACAGUAAAUGUGCCUUCUGACAGCUACAACCUGCACAUGCCAGCAAACCAAAACGAACUGGAAGUUACAGCAGAUAUUCACUAACUUAACACAUUAGCUAGAUAGUUUUGUUUUUUUUAAUUAUUAUUGUUAUUAAGGCCAAUAUAGACAUUUAAGAGUUAAAAAAACAACAGAUAUAUCAGUUUGUGUUUUUUAAUUUUAUAUUUUUAUUAUGGAGUCCUUAAAUUUGGUAAUUAAAGAACUUGUGACCAAAUACGCACCAAGCGGGACUUUUUUUAAACAGUUAGAAAAAUAACCGUCGGCGCUCUCUGGUGGACAAAAUGUGUAACGGCGGAACAGUUUGAGUGACCUCGGACGUUUUUUUCUUUGUCCCGACACAACAUAGAGACUUUGUUGCUGUUUUGACUUUUAAUUCUCGAUAUUCAGUCCUGUUUUUGUCUUCAGUGUGCAGUCUGUGCUGAUAACUGUUGUAUUCGUCAGGCUGAUUUAACACCGAUUUUAAUUUUAUGGUUAAUUUUCUGUUUCUCUUGGCAAACAAUAGCAUGCCUAACGUCACUAAAACCUCUAAAAAUCUAAAGAAAUUGUCCUAAAUUCACAGAAAUGUUUGCAGCUUUAACUUCCCUUCUCCUCCCCCCAAAACCAAAAGCAUUUUAGAAGACAGAAUGUGUUGUCGGUCCCUCGGCGUCUUCGAGGAUCCAGACUCAGCUGAUUAAUCCGUGUGGUGUAACGACGUUAACUCGCCUUUUCAACAGGAACUUGCCUACUACGACUAAAAAGGAAAAAAAAAGUUAUCUUCAUCGCUUUGUUGUUGCCUGUGUAGAUACGAUUUUAUUUAUUGUCUUUUUAAUAUCCUCAGCAUUCAUUGUGUUGCCAUGUUUUCAUGCCUAAGCCAUUAAGAUUUUUAAUUAAACUGUAUUUUCUUUAA